UGCCUCAGCAGCAUAAAUCUGACUGUCAGAGAUCUGAAUGAGUUUGCUGGUGUCCUGAUUCAGGUGAAGCCUUUUAGUCUGAGCCAAUAGAAAUGCAACUCCAGCCCCCACUGUUUGUUGGUCUUCACAUGAGUGAGCGGGUGGAGAGAUAAAGAAACAGAAACGGUGACUGUGUGCAUUGCGUGGCUUUAGAAAGCUACUUUUUCUGUCAGGGACUUGGGCAACACAAACAACAGCUGUUGCUGCUCUUCAGAAACAUCUAACAAAAUGCCCUUCCAAAAUAGUUCUUCAAGAAGCCGAAGGCAUAAUCUGAUAGUAACAGGGAUCAUGGCUCUGCUUGUUAUAUUAGUUGUUGUUGUUGUGUUGGCUGCUGUGCUCAGUCCUGGAAGAGAAGAGAACACCAGCUCAGACGUACGGCAGUGGAGUGGCAAUGGAACCACCAAGCACCUGCGAGAAAUCAUCCUGGGGAGAUGUUAUAACUAUAUCACUACAGUGAACCCCGAGCUCAAAGACAAAGAUUGCCUCAAUAUUUGGGAAGAGUUGCAACAUGCGUUUAUAUACAAGCACCCAUGCAACAUGCAGGAGGAAGAUUAUCAGCCUCUAAAGAAUUUGGCAAGUCACUCUGUCCCAUGUAGCAAGUCACUGUUUUGGAGCAAGACAAAUGACCUUGUGCAUCGUUACACAAAAGCAAAUCGUGAUUUCUUCACGCUGGAGGAUACUUUGCUGGGCUACAUAGCAGAUAGGCUUACAUGGUGUGGAAGUGUCACCAGUCCAGGAAUUGACUACAUCUCUUGCCCAGAGUGGAAAGACUGUGAUAGCAACCCCGUUACAUUAUUCUGGAAAAUGGCAUCCAAGAUGUUUGCAGAGACAGCAUGUGGCACAGUCCAAGUGAUGCUCAAUGGUUCACUAGAAGCUGGUGCAUUCAAAAAUAACAGCUUUUUUGGAGGCAUUGAAAUCUUUCACCUAAAUCCAGAAAAAGUCUCCACAAUGCAGAUUUGGCUUAUGAAUGAUGUUGAUGGACCUCAAAGGGACUCUUGCACAGGACAUUCAAUAACAACGCUAACAAACAUCCUAAAAAGCCGAAAAAUAAAUGCCACUUGUGAAAAUAAUUACAGGCCAGUUCAGUUCCUCCAGUGUGCCAGCUAUCCAGAUCACAGCACCUGCAAAUUCUGCUCCUAGUGAAAACCUGGUGCCUUCUAAUGUUUACAUCAUUGUUCAGUUUUUGUAUAAUAUUGAAUGGAGUUUAUGUAUACAGAGUAAGAUGUGAAGGCCAAACUAAAUGUGAUGUGUGCUUCAAGCCAAGAUCAGCUGCAAUCCUAUCAAAAGCACGAGUUGAGAGUGAGGGAAAUAGAACCAGCCCCCACUACCCGCUGCCUCCACUUGCAGCUUACCUUUCUGCUCGCUCUCUCCCCUGAUGUCACUUACAAUAGUUGGGUUCAAAUACCAGAAGUGAGCCUGUUUGGGAGAAAACGCUGUGUGGGGGGUGCUACAAGAACGUGAGGAGUGGGCUCCUUAACAUUGUCUCUCCACCCCUUAACUUUUCAAUGUGUUUGUGACUGAUCUGUGUUUAAACACAGAGACCUGUUGCCUUUGUGUCUUGUGUGGCCCAUAGAUGACUAGAAUCAUCUACUAUACGUAACCGCAGUUCUCUAGUGUGGUCUUGUCAGGAAAAUGAAAGAUAAUAGUUUAAUGGCCACUUGGUGGCUCCCCAGUGUGUGUGUGUGUGUGUGUGUGUGUGUGUGUGUGUUUAUACACGUGUGUGUGCAUCCAGAAGAAUCUCAAUUCUUUGUUCUGGUUUUUACUUCAGAGUUCUCUCAUCUGUAGGUUUGUUAUUAAAGAUAAUGAAACAUUCUGAUCAACUAUGCUUAAAAUAGAGAUUCACAGUAAGUGUGUGAAGCAGCUGCUACUACUAAUGCUUUGCUGUUCCUCAUUAUUCUUAUCUUGUAGUUCCUCAGUCUCAAAGAGAAGAAAAAAAUUAAACCAGGUUUGGAACAAACAUUCCUCCCCCCGCUGUCACAUGAAUUCGUCCUUGUACAAAAAUGAACAAGGACUACUCCACAAAUAACAAUCCUUUCUGAAUUUUGAUUUACCUGGUUAAAGGUAAACUUUAACUUGUCCAAGUUUAAAAACAAACAAACUCCCCAGUAAAAACCAUGAGUUUUCCUUCCUCAAGCAUCUGCCAUAUUUUGAGCCCACAAUGGGAUAUGACAGUUGAAGGAAGGUUUCCAAAGGAGCAAAAUGUCAUUUUAAUAAAUUGCUCUGUUCCUUUUCUGUAUAGGAAAGCCAUUUGAACCUUCUAGUAAAUAUAUGUCAUUAAGUCACUCUGAAGUAGAUAUGGGUUAUUCUGAAAUGGAAAUUAUGUCUUUUUAACCAUAAUAAAGAAGAAAAUCCUGCAUUGAGCAGGGAAUUUGACUAAAAUACCUGAAAGGUCUCUUCCGGCUCUAAAAUUCUAUGCAAUCCAAAUGCAUUAAAUUAGUAGACCUAUUUCAAAAUCUAGUAUGGCAUUAAUAAAAUGCAUGUUUCUCCUAACAUAAUAAAAUGUCAUAAUUUUCUGAAGUAUUUGAUUGUAUUCUUUUUAAUUGAACAAAAUAAAUGUGUUUCUCUGAA